AUCAAUCCUGGGAUCGGCUAUGAGUAUAAACCUCGAUAAUCCUUUGAAAAUUUUCCCCAAAUUCAAACCCUACCUUCUGACCAUGGCCGUAUCGAUUCAUCAAACUCAUUUAUCCUUCUAAUUCUUCACCUCCUCUCUCGAUCGAUACAAAACUUUAUACUCCUCUGCCUAUUCUCGUCGAUUUAGGGUUUGGGUUUCCAUUUCUUCAUUCGUCAAUCGUCAAUUCUAGCUGCUCUUUGAAAUGGUGUCUAAACGCCUCAUUCAUGAUGAGGAACCCAAUGGAGUUGCUUGUAAGCCGCAAAACCAUGAUGAGAAUGGAGCUGAGGAAUCAACUGUUAAGAGAAUUGUUGAAUCAGGUGGUGUAGUAGAUGGGAAGGAUCUUGUUUCUCAAGCUGAAAACUGGCCUGCCAAUCUGAACGAGAUGGAUUAUUUCUGGGCCAAUGGAAACACAGUCCAUGAUUGUUCUGAGUUUUCUUUCGUCCCUAAUUUUGUGGAAUUUGAUCGCCAAGUAACAACAUUGGUUAGACCUAGUGACCUUUAUUCAACGCUCAUGGAAUGUCCUCCUAGAAAGCAAGUUCCAGUUGGUCCUGACCAUCAAGCCUGUAUUCCUGAUUGGCAGCCUAAUUCGAUCGAAAAGUUUGAUGCCCAUUCUCAAGACAAGCUUAUGGGUACUUGUGUUAUUCCCAUUCCUAACUUAGAUAUCGCGAAAAAUGAUCUCGACUGCGUUGGUUUGGGGAGAACUGAUUGUCAUUGCGUCGAAAUAGGUUCGGUUGAAUGUGUGAGGAAACAUAUUGGUGAAGCAAGAGAUAAGCUGAAAACAAACGUGGGCUCGGUUGUUUUUUCUGAGAUGGGUUUUCCCGAGAUGGGAGAGUUUGUGGCUAAUAAGUGGAGGGAAGAUGAAGAGCUGGCGUUUCAUGAGAUUGUAAUUUCUAAUCGAAUGUCUAUGGGUAAGAAUUUCUGGCACCAUUUGCCUACAUUCUUCCCAUCCAAAAAGACAGAGGAGCUAGUAAGUUAUUAUUUCAACGCGUUCAUGCUGCGUAAACGCGCUGAUCAGAACAGGCAUGACCCGAUUAACAUCGAUAGCGACAAUGACGAAUGGGAAAAACCAGUCGAAGCAGAGGAUGAUGAUGAAGAUGAAGAUUCGCAUGUUAUGUUUCGAGAUAUAGUGUGAAAGUUAUAGCACUAAACAUGAAACCAAAGACCUCAAGGGAAAAAAAAUACUCAUUUCAUUUAUGUUUUGCUGCUGGGAAUUCUUGUCUUGUGUAUAUGUUCUGGAUUUUUGGGAUGUUUUAAGGAUGUUUAUCAACAGUUUUUAUUUUUAUUUUUUAGGUUUUCAGAAAUUUUGAUAAACGAGGAUUUUUGUUUG